AAAACACCAUCUGACAUCGGAUGUAAAUAAGCCCGUUUCCUGUUGUUGUUUGUGUACGUUUAAAUUCAAGUUCAAUCUCUACACUGAAGGAAUCUCUUUCGCAGAAAUCAUGAAAACCGACCAGAUUCAGUACUCUGAGAAGUACAACGAUGAUAAAUACGAGUACAGACAUGUAAUACUCCCAAGUGAUCUGGCAAAACUGGUGCCAAAGACGCACCUCAUGACGGAAACAGAAUGGCGCAACCUUGGUGUCCAGCAGUCACCUGGCUGGAUCCACUAUCUUGUACACAGCCCAGAACCACACAUCUUGCUGUUCAGGAGACCCAGAACUGACCUGAAGUCAUAGGAUGGGGAAAAUGUGGUCACUUUUUGCAUUUUUCUCUUCCUUGAAGAAGUUUCUGUGAACUUGAUUUUUUCAUGAAAGAGUAUAGUAAUGAAUAGUCAUAGUCAUCAUAAGCACAGAAAAGAGAGAAUUACACGAAUCUAGCUCUUCUCCAACUUUUAUUUUAAUUUGAACAUGAGACAUAUUUUCUCUCUCACACUACAUAUAUAAAAUGUUAUGGUUUAAUCUGUAUGAUAUACCUGAUAGUGAAUACUAUUUUUUAUGUGAAGAUGUGGAAUUUAUAGAAGAUCGAAAUUAGCUAGUUUUCCUUAUAGUCUGUUACAUAUCCUUUUUUGUAUUUUUGUAUCAGAUUUUUCCAUAAAACAACACUAUAUAUCCAGAUUUGCUCAAUUCUAUGCAAAAGUUAUCAAAGAUUGUUAUAUAUUUUUGGUAAGAUAUUUUAAAAUAUCUUGUAGAAAUAUUAGCAUGCGAGUUGAUUCCAGAAAUUUUGUUUAAAUGAGCAAUAGCAUUGUUUUCUUUUGGCAUGUUAUAAAAGUAUAGAAAAUGUCAAGUGCCUCUUUUUCUAUUUAUAUCAAGUCAUUGAUUAUGGGGAACUUGAAUAGAGAAAAAAUAAAAUAUGAAAUAUAUUUGAUUGAUUUCUUUUAGGUAUCUUUGAUGUACAAGAGUUGAUGUUAGUAUGAAACCCUUCCCCCAAACACACACACAAAAAAAUAAGAUUAUUUGAUAUAAGGCAUAACAGAUUAUUCUUAUUUCUCAUCUUUUAGAAUAUCUGAAAUAUUUUAAUGUCACAAAUUUAUUGUGAAUAUUUAGAAUAUAUAGCUAUUACAUUUUGUUAUAGACAUCUUACAAUUAGAUUUUGCACUUGGAAACUAAACUGUAGAACAAUAUGUUCAUUUAUGUUAUUUUUGUAAUUAUCCACAAAAUUGUAGCUAUGCAUAACAGAUUUAUUUUGUCCAUUUAAUUUUGUAAUUAAUUGCAUCAUCUGUGUGUGCUGUAAUGCUGAUAAAGUACCUGCUAUAUUUUCUUUUGUGUCAUUAUUUUUUCUUCAUGUGUUAGUAUGACUAAAUAUUGUAAUGGAAUAGGUCAGAGUUGCAUGUACUGAUGGUAUACAAAAUGAAAUUGAUGCUUUUUGUGAAAAAUUAUAUUAGCUGAAAUUUGAAGUAGCAAAAGUUUUGUGAUAUUCAUAUUGGUGUUUCUGACUUGGCUUCUGCUGUCAGAGAGUGUUAGACUUAAUGCAUGUGUAAAAAGCUCAGUUGAGGACAGUACACAUAAAAAUUUGCGACUACAUUACAAGGAGCCUGAAA